AUGGACCAAGAUAUUGAUAUGGAGGCCCCUCACAUCUCGGCUCUGCGUGAGGAGGAUUCUCCUCCUCCAAACCCGCGCCCUCAGCCGCAAGCGACGUCCAAGUUCAAAGUGAAACUGGUCAUGAACGAGCCCAGAGCUCGACAUUCGGGAGAGAAACCUCUCGCGGACGAUGACGAAGAAGACGACAUAGACGAGCUUGUGGACGAGCUUGAUGAAGAUGGUGCUCCGUCCAUGUCAGGCGCGGCUGCUCACGGUCCAGCACCACCGUUUACGACUACGCCGCUCAAGGGAAGGAAGGACAAAAUCCCUAAAGCAAAGGCGGAGAAGUCUCGCAAACGCAAGGCAGAAAAAGAUCCUUUGCAGCCGACAAUGGCAACUUUCGAGUCCACCUUCCCGGUCAGCCCGGCUGACCCUCCCGGGACCAUAAUCGAAGUAGACCCUAGCGCUCCUAUCCAGCAUCGCAAGAAGCAUACGUCAACCCCGCGAAAGGCUGCAGGUACUGGUCCUCCACGAGCUCGGAAGACGCUGUCCAAGGCAUCCAGUAACGCACAACUUUCAGUUGAUGACCAUGGCCAUCUAAGUGACGGCGGAUACUCGGGGACGGCUGCGUCGUCUCCCCCGCCGGAAUUCCGUGACCGUGACCUCGAGACCAUUGAUGCUUCCCUGAUAAACCCGGACGUUCCUUUCCAGACAUCCUCCUCAGCGCCCGUACCCGUCUACCCGUUACCCAACAAGCCAUUUCCUGUGCAACCUCCAGUAAAGAUUGGUACAGGAUUCGCACCUAUCCUGCCCCUGGACAAAAGCGGCAAACGCGUCCGACGUUGGCGCCAAGCGAAUCGCGAGGUACGCGGAAUUGCGGGUGGCCGAUGGUUCGCACGUUGCUGGGUUGGAGACAGGGAUUCUGCCUUUGCAGAACAUCUGGGCGGUCCGUCGAAGACGCCGCAAGCGUUCGUGGACGCAAAUGCGACUGCGUUGAGCGCUGUUUCGUUGCCGAAGCUAGCGUCGAUCUCCAUGUCUGCCGCUAGCCCUGGUGCUGCUGGUACGGGUAGGGGUUCCCGGUCGAAAGGAUCUUCGAGGUCAGGUUCUGUCCCCGCUGAGCCUCAUUCGAGCGUCGUCCGCGCACCCACGAAGAUGCGGACCAGCAUAAUCGCGUCCACAGACCCUGCAGACGAGGCUUAAUCCAUAUCAGCCGGCUUGCGUGCUUGAUCCCGGUGACCACACGUUUGGGUUCGUCGCUGUCUUGAUUUUUUUGUAUUUCUGCCGAUUGUGAUCCAUGUAUUGUGCAUCCCUCU